UAACGUUCGCAAUACUUUUCCGUUCCAGCUCAGUCUACACCCAACUGCGGAGUUGGCAAGUUUAAGUUUCUUUAAGAUAAAAUAUUGUACAAAUUUGUGACUCACCUGCCGGCGAAGUGUGGUGCAUUUGGUCUACAUUAUACGCGUCAAUACGAUUUACACUCGGCUACGAAUAUUAUACGAAUAACGCGAAGACAGACUUGUAAAACCAACAGCUGUAUUAGUGACCCAAAGCCAUAAUGUGCGGAAUUUUUGCUUACCUAAAUUACCUGACUCCCAAGUCGCGACAUGAAGUUUUGGAAUUGCUUUUGAAUGGGUUAAAACGUUUGGAAUAUCGUGGCUAUGAUUCAACAGGUGUGGCUAUAGAUUCACCGCAAACCAGUGAUAUUGUAAUGGUCAAACGUUGUGGAAAAGUAAAGGUUCUGGAGGAUGCCAUAAAUGAACAUUUUAGCGGCAAAGAAUACGAUGAGCCCGUGUUGACACAUGUCGGUAUUGCACAUACGCGUUGGGCUACCCAUGGUGUACCGUGCGAGACCAACUCUCAUCCGCAACGUUCCGACGACGAAAAUAGUUUCGUUGUAGUUCACAAUGGCAUCGUUACCAAUUAUAAAGAUGUGAAAACAUUUUUGGAGAAGCGAGGCUAUGUGUUCGAAUCAGACACUGAUACAGAAGUCAUUGCGAAAUUGGUGCAUCACUUGUGGAAAAAACAUCCAGGAUAUUCGUUCAGAGAACUUGUCGAGCAAGUCAUCCAACAAUUGGAGGGCGCAUUUGCAAUUGCAAUUAAGUCCAAGCACUUCCCUGGAGAAUGCGUGGCUUCCAGACGUGGUUCACCGCUGCUUGUCGGUAUUAAAACGAAGACUCGUUUGUCCACUGAUCACAUUCCUAUUUUGUAUGGAAAAGACGAAAAGUCACCGCAAACUUGUGAAAAAGACACAGAGGCAGCCAAGGCAAAAGAACAUCGUCCACAUGGACAAACUCGUGAAUUGCCAGUGUUACCACGCACCGAAAGCACAUCCGAAUUCAUGCCACUGGAGGAGAAAGAGGUCGAGUACUUCUUCGCAUCGGAUGCCUCAGCUGUCAUUGAGCACACCAAUCGGGUCAUUUAUUUGGAGGAUGAUGAUGUGGCUGCUGUUCGCGAUGGUACACUGAGCAUCCAUCGUCUCAAGAAAUGUCUAGAUGAUCCACAUGCACGUGAAAUUACAACACUGAAAAUGGAAAUCCAGCAGAUCAUGAAGGGCAACUACGACUACUUCAUGUUGAAGGAAAUCUUCGAACAGCCCGAAUCGGUGGUCAACACCAUGCGUGGACGCGUGCGGUUUGACUCCAAAUCUGUGGUAUUGGGUGGUAUCAAAGAAUUCAUUCCGGAAAUUAAACGUUGUCGUAGGUUGAUGUUGAUUGGUUGUGGCACAUCAUAUCAUAGUGCCGUAGCCACACGACAACUACUAGAAGAGCUCACCGAGUUGCCGGUUAUGGUUGAGUUGGCGUCCGAUUUCCUCGAUCGUAACACCCCCAUAUUCCGUGAUGACGUCUGUUUCUUUAUCUCGCAGUCGGGAGAGACUGCUGACUCACUAAUGGCCUUGAGAUACUGCAAACAACGUGGUGCUCUCAUUGUCGGUAUCACUAAUACAGUCGGCAGCAGUAUAUGCCGUGAAUCUCACUGUGGUGUUCACAUUAAUGCCGGACCUGAAAUUGGUGUUGCGUCAACCAAGGCUUAUACUUCACAAUUCAUUUCAUUGGUGAUGUUCGCUCUUGUUAUGUCUGAAGAUCGACUCUCGUUGCAGCAACGUCGCUUAGAAAUCAUACAGGCAUUAUACGAACUGCCAGAACGGAUUAGACAGGUCUUGAAGCUUGAUAGUCAGGUACAAGAACUGGCUAAGGAUUUGUUCCAACAUAAAUCCUUACUUAUUAUGGGACGCGGUUAUAACUUUGCCACUUGUUUGGAAGGUGCACUGAAAGUAAAAGAAUUGACAUAUAUGCACAGUGAGGGUAUUAUGGCAGGCGAACUUAAGCAUGGACCGCUGGCGCUUAUUGAUGACCGAAUGCCAGUUAUGAUGAUCGUUUUGCGAGAUCCAGUUUAUAUCAAAUGUAUAAAUGCCUUGCAACAAGUGACGUCACGCAAGGGCUGUCCCAUAAUCAUUUGUGAGGAAGGCGAUGAAGAAACCAAGUCCUAUUCAUCUCGUUCGCUAGAAAUACCACGCACAGUAGACUGUCUCCAAGGCAUUCUAACAGUUAUCCCAAUGCAAUUGCUCUCAUACCAUAUUGCCGUGCUGCGUGGCUGUGACGUGGAUUGUCCACGUAAUUUGGCGAAGUCCGUGACCGUGGAAUGAUGGCCCACGUCCACCUGUUUUUAUUGUUUAAGAUAU